AUGUACAACGUCGUGUGGAAAGCAUGCAGUACUACGCAAGGUGGGAAUGAAUUACGAACAAUUGCCAACCAACUUUGGAAUGAAUUCUACAACUGCAUGGGUUUGGCUAAUGGAUGCGCAGACGUAAUGGAUAUAAUGUUGUCAACAAUGCGGGAGCUUAAAGGGAGGCUACAAAGUGCCAGACAACAAACCAAAACAAGCAACAUCCCACAAUUAGUGAUUGAAUCAAUACUAAACACCACUGCACCUGCCGAGAUACAAAUCAAGUCACCCAGCAUAGCAAAGAACAAGGGCAGUGGGAAAAGAUUAAAAAGCAACAAAGAGAAAGCAAUUGAGAAACAGAAGAAAAAGGUGAGGACAUGUGCUACCUGUGACCGCCCAGGCCACGACAGCAGGAAUUGUCCAGACAGAAAAGGCAUACCAAACGAGUAG